AUGGAAGCAGCCAUCAGAUGGUCAACGCACUCCACACGAGCCGAUCCCCGCUUUAUAAUCAUCGACGUGGCGGGAAAUCGGCUGCGUCUGUGCCAGGUUGACGAGUUCAGUAAGAGCAAGGUCAACUACAAACAAAUAUGUAUCCGCGAUAAGCUGCCAAACUACACGGCCUUCGACUGGUCCAAGAAAGACCCGGCUAUUGUCGCGAUAGGAUCAGCCUCUGGAGAGGCUACAGUUAUUUCACUUGAUCCAGACAAGCCUGAUAGCGACUACAUUCACUCUUUCUCCAUCCGGCAUCAAAGAAAAUGCAACUCCAUUGCCUUCAGCUCCAAGAACCUGCUGGCUGCCGGUCUGGACCGAGUUCGCAAUGAUGUCUGUCUCAACAUCUACGAUAUGAAUGAUUCACGCGUCACAGCCAGGGAUGAGCCGUACAAGAAACUAGCAAGCUCAGAGGCCAUCUCGAGUAUCAAGUUCUUUGACCGACAGCCUGAAAUGCUCGUGGCAGGUGUAUCGAGGCAAUACGUGCGCAUCUACGAUCUCAGAGACUCUAGCACAGCGGGCAUCGCACAGUUUCAGACGCGCCAGGUGCACAACAUAGCUAUAGAUCCGCUAGACGAGAACUAUUUUCUGUCCGCGGGCUCGGCGGGUGAUCCAACUGUGACAGUCUGGGACGCACGUUUUGUUAAGCAGCGCGGAACAUCCGGUGACAGCGUUAGCAGCGGCGCCGUCUUGGACUUCAAGCCCAUAGUGGAUAACUCGCAGUCUGCAUCGAUAUGGAGUCUUCGGUAUUCCGGCACCAAGAGGGCGACUUUCGGUGUGCUGGCCAAUACCGGCGAAUUCAAGGUUAUUGAGCUUGCUCAGCACUCGCAUCAGCCGGUGGAGACUGCAGACACGCCCUUUGCACGCGCAUGGGCGUCUCCUUACUACACGAAAGCAAUGCAUACCUUGCGGUAUCCAGCGCAUGAUAAGGAGCAUCGCCAAAGUAACAAACAACGCAUAGUAGCAUACGAUUUUAUGAGUGCUGGUAGCCCGCUCGAAGGGCAGUGUGCACUGGGUCUCCAUUCAAACCGCGAGGUCGAAGUGCUCAAAGUACCACGGUCGCCUCCACGCAUCAAUGUCAGCGCUUUAGAAGAGAUCUACAAAGACCGCACUUGCAUUGCUAAGCCAACUCCACCACAUGGCACAGUGGCCGAGGACUUGACCAGAUUACAAAACCGGGCACUGAGCGAAAAACACAGAACUGAGUCUGAAAAUGGCAUAGACAUGUCAGCCAGCCUGGACAGACUGAGCCUAACCGCUAGUCAACCAGGCCCUUCCGCGGCUCUGGGUGAAGAUGCAUCUCACCAGAUGCUCGAAGACCUCAAACUCGCCUACUCCAACCUUCCGCUUUCAGAUUAUCUCGCCGUACUACAGGUACCCAAAAGGCGCGUGCAAGAGGGCUAUUCACUCAACUGUGCUAAAAAUAAAACAAUCGUAGCCAACGACCGAACGCUGGUGGAUGCGUGGGCACUAGUGGACAGGAUGGACGCUCACGCUUCUGGAGAUGGCAUGGUAGGCAACGGGCUUGACCUAAAGUACCUGGGUGUAAGCUCGAUCUGGGCAAACGAACUAACAAUGUACGACGAGCGACUGAUUGAUCCAGACGCAAAAACAAGCCAAGAAAUGUUCCGUGAUGCGGUCAAGGAAAUCGCCGAAGCCAUGGAACUGCCCCCUUUCAAAGGCGUAUCCACCGAGUAUCCCGAGAACCGGCAGCUGUGUCUGAGCCUCUGCGGCUGGUCACUGGAGGAAUCUGGCGUCGAGAAAACGUGUAACGACCUCGUUUCCAACGGCGAAAUCUACAAGGCCAUUGUGCUAGCUGUGUUCCAAGGCCACAAAGACAUUGCCUUGAGUCUGCUCCGCACCUCACUUACAUCGAAGAAACUCCCAAAAGACGAUAUCAGUCUCGCGGCCGUCAUUGCCUGUGCCUCGCCUUCCUCGGGCGUCUCAGCCGACCAGCGCGAAGCAUGUGCGUGGAUGGCAGACAUGACUUCAGAUCCAUACCUCAAGUCCCUCCUUACGUACUUUAUCACAGGCGACUGGACAAGCGUAGUCCGCAUGCCGCAAAUCUCGCUUCACGACCGCGUAGCCGUAGCCCUCAAAUACCUGCCGGACACCAAGCUCUCGACGUUCCUCAGCGAAGCAACCAGCAUCGCCAUGGACACAGGCGACAUCUCUGGGCUGCUCCUUACGGGACUCACCACACGCUCCCUCGAGCUCCUCACAGUGCACAUCUCGCAGCACCCGAGCGCCGGCCUGCAAAACGCCGUGCUCCUCCUCAGCCGCGCAUGCCCGCUGUACAUCCAGGACGCGCGCUGGACCCUCUGGAAAGACACGUACCUCGAGCACCUACAAACGUACCGCGCAUUCCUCGAGCGCACCCGCUACAUCAAGGAACACAACCAGCUUUCGGUCACGCGCGAGGGCCGCAGCGUAAAUAAGCCCCAGCAGCCCAGCCUCACCAUCCGCUGCCUCAACUGCCAGCAGAAUCUCGCCCUGAGAAAAGAUGCUCGCACGGCUAAAUCAAGACUCUUGCCUACCAUGGCAAAAGCCUCGUCUGCCUCUGUUGCUGCUGCUGCCGCUGCUGCAGCCGCCGCCGCCGCUACGGGACCUCCACCACCAGGAGGAGGAGGAGGACCAGGUGCCCCAGUACCAUCUACCACACACCGCGCGACACCAUCUUCAUUCGCCAAACCGCCCGGGCCUCCCCAGCCAAGCAAGCCAUCAGCAUCCUCGACUCCAGGCCUCCAUUGUCCCAACUGCGCGGCGCAAAUGCCGCGAUGCGCGCUAUGCAUGUUGUGGCUGGGCACCCCGGAUCCCGCGCGCCAAGGCGGCUACGAGACGCUCAAGGGCGAGGACCGAGAGGCCCGCCUCAUGGUGUUUUGUAUGAGCUGUACGCAUGGCUUUCACGGACACCAUGCGCGCGAUUGGUUUGCUAAACACGCCAUGUGUCCGGUGCCGGAUUGCGGGUGCAUGUGUGGGCUGUUGAGGUGAGGUCAUGAGGUGAAGUCAUGAUGUAGAGAGAGAAAGAAGGGGGAUCACAGAAAGCAAAGGGAACGCAAAGCAAGGGUUUUGUAGUAUGUAUGUAUGUAUGCAUGCAUGUAAUCUAUAUCAGAAUUGGUCGUUUCCCAGAA